AUGCAAACUUAAAAAUAUUAGAUAAAAAGUAGAUGGUAAAUAAUAAUUAAGGAUCUUUAGGUUUGAAUCCUGCACUUGCAGCAUCUGUUGCUUGUUCAGCACUUUUCUUAGAAUCUGAAGGUAGAAGAUAAGAAAUAGCAUUAUUUAUAUUCCCAAAAUCAUUAGAAACUGCAUGGAGAUUAUUAAAAAAGAGGGGAUAUGUAUCAAAUAUUAAAGGUUGGGAAUUAUUCCUAUUCGGUCUUGCUAUGGGAAUUAUAAAUUAUUUCUAUCAUUAUGACGUAAUAUUGAUAUUUAAAUAUAUAUAGGAUGCAGCAAUUAAAUCUACAUACUUAACUAUAUUCAAUAAUUUUUGGGGAAAAGAUUGA